AGAGGAACUCUACAGCAUCCCAGUCCCUGAAGCUCCUCCAUCUGCAGCGCGGAGCUGGAAGGGCCAGAAUGUGGAGAGCACCGCUGCUUCAAACCUUUUUCCUCUUCUUAUUUUCUGUUAGAUGGUGCCAUGCUGAAGGAUGUGAAUUGGGGCAGUUUCGGUGUGGGACGGGUCGAUGUAUACCUGGUGAAUGGCACUGUGACGGAGCGUCAGAUUGCAGCGAUGACUCCGAUGAACACGACUGCCGUAACAUGUGAUGACAGUCAUUUCCAGUGCCUGAGUGACGGCGAGUGCAUCCCCAUUGUAUGGCUGUGUGAUAAUGAGGAGGACUGUGAGGACAGCUCCGAUGAGAGGCACUGCCCUGGGAGGACAUGCACCAGUGGCCAGUUCAGCUGCAGCAACGGCGCGUGCAUCCCAGGAGAAUACCAUUGCGACCACCUGGCAGACUGCUUAGAUGGAUCUGAUGAGACCAACUGCAAUUACCCUCGGUGUACAGAGAUGAGGUGUGCCAAUGGGGCCUGCUAUAACCGAACUCAAAGAUGUGACCAUAUACUUGACUGCCGUGACGGCUCUGAUGAGGCAAACUGCACACAGCACUGCAAUACAGGCUUCCACCAAUGCAAUAAUGGGCUAUGUGUUCCUCAACGCUACGUCUGUGACCAUGACGAUGACUGUGGAGACCGGAGUGAUGAGUUAAACUGCACGUAUCCUGCUUGCAGAGGAAAUUACUUCACUUGUCCCAGCGGUCGCUGUAUCCACCAGGUCUGGCUUUGUGAUGGAGAGGAUGACUGUGAGGACAAUGCUGAUGAAAAAGGCUGUGAUAAUGUUCCACGGGAGUGUUACCCAGGGGAGUGGCCCUGUCCAUCCUCUGGGCUGUGCAUCCCCAUGGAGAAGCUGUGUGAUGGGCAGGCUGACUGCCCUGAUGGAGAGGAUGAAACUAACACCACUGCUGGACACAACUGCAGCAUCUUGAGGUGUGCUACUUUGAGCUGUGAGCAUCACUGCCACCCAUCCCCCAAUGGAGGAGCAUGUUCCUGUCCAUCCGGCUACAUUGUCAGCAGCAAUGACAGUCGUUCCUGUAUAGACUUUGACGACUGCUCCAUGUGGGGCGUCUGUGACCAGCUGUGUGAGGACCGCAUAGGAUCCCAUCGCUGCAGCUGUCGGGAGGGCUAUACUCUGGAGCAACAUCGCUACUGCAGAGCAGACGUAUCUACUGGAGUUCCUUUCCUAGUUUUUUCUAACGGCAGAGAUCUGGUAAUAGGUGACAUCCAUGGCAACAGUCUGCGCACUUUAGUCAAUUCACAGAACAGAGGAAUUGCUGUUGGAGUCGACUUCCACUACGAUCGGCGUAUGAUCUUUUGGUCAGAUACCAUACAAAAUAAGGUGUUUUCUGUGCAUAUGGAUGGUUCCAACAUGCAGGUGGUUUUAAAUGUAUCAGUUGACUAUCCUGAGAAUCUGGCAGUGGACUGGGUGAACAAUAAACUGUAUGUGGUGGAGGCCAGCGUCAAUAGAAUUGAAAUGGUGAACUUGGAUGGAAGCAACCGGGUUACGCUCAUCACUGAAAACCUCGGAAACCCUAGAGGACUGGCGGUGGACCCCACUGUCGGGUAUAUGUUCUUCUCAGACUGGGAGGCAGCAAACGGUCAGCCAGGCCUGGAGCGGGCCUUCAUGGAUGGUACCAAUCGUUAUGGGAUUAUUGGCACCAAACUAGGCUGGCCCUCUGGAAUCACUCUAGACAUAGAGGCGAAGCGCAUCUACUGGGUUGACAGCCGCUAUGAUUAUAUUGAAACGGCAACCUAUGACGGUCUGCACAGGAAAACCGUUGCCCAUGGGGGGGCUGUGGUCCCACAUCCUUUUGGCAUCAGUCUGUUUGAGCACAAUGUCUAUUUCACGGACUGGACCAAGAUGGCCGUGAUAAAAGCAAACAAGUUUACUGACAGCAAUCCACAUGUGAUUUACACUACAUCUCACACCCCACAUGGAGUAGCAGUUAUACAUCAGCUAAAGCAACCACAAGUGCCAAAUCCUUGCAGUGUGGACAGCGGUGGAUGUGAGCAGAUCUGUGUUUUAAGUCACAGGAGUGACAAUGGAGGACUUGGUUAUCGCUGCAAAUGUCGCAUUGGUUAUGAUCUGCAUGCUGAUGGCAAACGGUGUUUGCCUGUGAGGCAGUUUCUGCUGUUCUCCAGCCAGCUGGCUGUGAGAGGAAUCCCCUUUAACCUGUCCUCCCAGGAGGACAUCAUCCUGCCGGUCACCGGAUCACCCUCCUACUUCGUCGGUGUGGAUUUUAGCGCUGAGGAUGAUGCCAUCUUUUUCUCUGACUCUGCAAAAGAUAUUAUUUACAAACAAAAGGUGGAUGGAACAGGCAGGGAGAUAUUGGCGGCUAACAGAGUGGAGGGAGUGGAGGAUCUGGCUUAUGACUGGAUUUCGAAAAACCUCUACUGGACAGACCCACGAUACAGGAGCAUAUCCGUCCUGAGACUGGCUGAUAAGUCCAGGAGGGCCAUUAUACAGAACCUGAACAACCCCAGGGCCAUCGUGGUGCAUCCUAUUAUUGGGUAUAUUUUUUGGACUGACUGGUACCGUCCUGCAAAGAUUAUGAGGGCUUGGGGUGACGGGUCACAUGCCAUUUCUAUUGUAAACACUACCCUGGGCUGGCCCAAUGGAUUAGCAAUUGACUGGAGUUCCAUGCGUCUGUAUUGGGUUGAUGCUUUCUUUGACAAGAUUGAGCACAGCAACUUUAAUGGACAAAACAGGCUUUCUUUGGACCGCAUCACUCAGAUCUCUCAUCCUUUUGGCCUUACUAUAUUUGAUGGCUAUGCAUAUUUCACCGACUGGCGACUGGGUGGCAUCGUGCGUGUGCGGAAAACUGACGGUGGGCAGAUGGUUGUUAUUAGAAGAGGAAUCAGCCACAUCAUGCAUGUCAAGUCUUUUAACUCCAACUCUCAGAUCGGUUCCAACCUCUGCAACAGGCAGACAAAUCCCAACGGAGACUGCAGCCACUUCUGCUUCCCUGCUCCAGACUCCCAGAGAGUGUGUGGCUGCCCCUAUGGCAUGAAGCUGUCGCCAAACCAGCAGACGUGUGUGGAGGACCCCUCCAACGAGCCCCCUACAAUGCAGUGCGGAGCCAACUCCUUCUCUUGUGGCAACGGCAAAUGUGUCCCAAACAGCUUCAAAUGUGACGGCGUUGAUGACUGCCAUGACAACACUGAUGAACUCCAUUGCGGAAUCAACAAUAUGACUUGUUCCCCCUCGGCCUUCACUUGUGCCAAUCAGAGGUGCGUGCCAGCAAGGUGGCACUGCGAUGGGCACAAUGAUUGCUUUGAUAACAGCGAUGAGCUCAACUGCCCCACACAGGUGCCUGGAACGUGCCCUGCCAAUCAGUUUACAUGCGCCAACCACAAAUGUAUCCCGCUAACUUGGCUCUGUGAUACAGAUAAUGACUGUGGGGAUGGGUCUGAUGAAGUCCACUGCUAUAUGGGUGCCACGUGCUACCCAGGACAGUUUCAGUGUCCCGACCACCGUUGCAUAGACCCCAACUAUGUUUGCGACGGAGACAGAGACUGUGUGGAUGGAGCAGACGAGCUGGGAUGCAUCUACAACUGCACAAUGAGUGAGUUCAAGUGUGCCAGCGGGCAUCAGUGUAUAAACUCCUUCUAUCGCUGUGAUGGUGUCUUCGAUUGUAGCGACCACUCUGAUGAGCAAAACUGUCCCACCAGGCCUCCCGGGAUGUGCCAUCAUGAGAGUGAGUUUCAAUGUCAAUCUGAUGGGAGCUGCAUCCCAUCCUCAUGGGAAUGUGACGGACAUCCAGACUGUCAGGAUGGUAGCGAUGAACACCACGCCUGCCCUCCCCGGACCUGCCCUUCCACGCUGUUUCGCUGUGAUAAUGGAAACUGCGUUCUGCACAGCUGGAUAUGUGACGGAGACAACGACUGCAGAGACAUGAGCGAUGAAAGAGAUUGUCCCACACCACCUUUCCGAUGUCCAAGCUGGCAGUGGCAGUGUCCUGGUCACAGUGUUUGCAUCAAUCUUACCACAGUGUGUGACAACACACCUGACUGCCCCAAUGGCGCUGAUGAGUCUCCACUUUGCAACGAGCCUUUACCAGACCAGGAGAGCUGCUCUGAUAACAACGCUGGCUGCACACACGGUUGUAUCCAAGGGCCUUUUGGGGCCCAGUGCACGUGCCCUGUUGGUUAUCAGCUCAGCAAUGACUCCAAAACCUGUGAGGAUAUAGAUGAAUGUAAUCCCCCAGGACUGUGCAGCCAGCACUGCUUUAACGAGAGGGGCUCCUUCCGCUGUCACUGCCAGGAGGGUUACACUCUUGAAGCAGACCAGCGUACCUGCAAGGCUUCAGAUUCACGUCAAGCCUUCCUACUUGUGGCCAGUCGAAAUCAAAUCAUCCAAGAUGAAAUAAGCGCUCAACCAAAUGUGAUUCGGUCACUGAUUCGAGACGGACGCAAUGUUGUGGCUAUAGAUUUUGACUCUGUUUCCAACCGUGUGUACUGGUCUGAUACAAGCCAGGACAGAAUCUGGAGUUCUAACAUAAACGGCAGCGACAGAGCUGUGAUAUUUGACAGUGGAGUGACUGUGACAGAGAGCCUGGCCGUGGACUGGGUUGGCAGGAAUCUAUACUGGACGGACUAUGUCCUGGAGACAAUUGAAGUGUCCAAACUGGAUGGAACACAUCGGACUGUUUUAGUUAGCCAAAAUGUCACUAAUCCUCGAGCUCUUGUGCUGGACCCCAGAGACAGUGCUCAUCUGAUGUUUUGGACUGACUGGGGAAGGAACCCCCGCAUUGAGAGAGCAAGCAUGGAUGGGAAACUCAGGACAGUCAUCAUAAGCAGCAAACUGUACUGGCCUAAUGGUUUAACCAUAGACUAUCCAAAUAAUUUGCUAUACUUUGCUGAUGCCUAUUUGGACUUCAUUGACUACUGCGACUACAAUGGCAACAACAGAAAACAAGUCCUUGCCAGUGACUUGGUACUUCAACAUCCGCACGCAAUUACCAUUUUUGAGGAUUUCGUUUAUUGGACCGACAGAUACAUCAACCGAGUGAUGCGAGCUCAUAAGUGGCAUGGCGAGAACCAGACAGUCAUGCUGUUUAACUUACCUCAACCAAUGGGCCUUGUGGCAGUGCACCCAACCAGACAACCAGCAGGGCGAAACCACUGCUUGGGGAGCGCCUGUACACAUAUCUGCCUACUCUCUGCUGUGGGACCAAGAUACUAUUCAUGUGCCUGCCCCUCAGGCUGGACUCUGGCAGCCGACCAGUUCACUUGUGCCAGAGUUGAAGAUCCCUUUCUGGUGGUUGUGAGAGACAGCAUCAUCUAUGGUAUUCCACUGAACCCGGAGGACAAGAGCAAUGAUGCCAUGGUUCCAGUCGCUGGUCUUCACAACGGCUAUGAUGUUGACUUCGAUGAUAGAGAACAGACGAUCUACUGGGUUGAACACCCUGGUGAGAUCCACAGGGUUAGGUCAGACGGUACAAACAGGACGGAGUUUGCCCCCGCGGCCAUUCUGGGCUCUCCUGUAGGUUUGGCUCUGGACUGGAUCACAGAGAACCUUUACUACACCAACCCAGCUACACAGUCUAUUGAGGUUUUAAAGUUGAGAGGAGAAGCACAGUACCGUAAAACUAUCAUCACCAACAACGGCUCUCCAACCGGCGCUGGCAGUCCUGUUGGCAUCGCUGUGGAUCCAGCACGUGGCAAACUUUACUGGACAGACCAGGGAACGGAAAGUGGUAUUCCUGCAAAGGUAGCAUCAGCGGAUAUGGAUGGCAUGAACCCCGUCAACCUCUUCACCAACAACCUUGAUCACAUUGAGUUCCUCACUGUGGAUAUCCAGGAGAACAAGCUGUACUGGGCCGUUACAAGCACUGGAAAAAUUGAACGUGGGGAUCCAGAUGGAACAAAUCGUAUCACGAUAGUGACUGGUCUUUCCCAUCCUUGGGGUGUCGCUGUCUAUCAGAACUACCUGUUCUUCAGCGACCGGGAUUUUGAGGUCAUCGAACGUGUAGACAAGUCGUCUGGUGCCAACAGGGUUGUGAUGAGAAACAACGUGUCUGGACUUAGAGUCCUAAAAGUUCAUUUUAGAGAUACGUCUGCAGGGACAUCUAACGGCUGCUCUGACAAUUUAGGAGCAUGUGAACAUCUGUGUCUGCCGCGACCACGAGGUUUUUUCACCUGUGCAUGUGUGACAGGUUUUAAACUUAAUGCAGACAACCACACCUGUGCCCCUUACCAGUCCUACGUUGUGAUCUCCACUCUGUCUGCAAUAAAAGGCUUCAGUCUAGAAGGCUCAGAUCAAUCUGAGGCCAUGGUCCCUGUGGCUGGUAGAGGUCGUAACGCUCUCCAUGUUGAUGUGCACAUGGCUUCUGGCUUCAUUUAUUGGUGUGACUUCAGCAGCACUAUGGCGAUCCAAAACGGAGUUAGACGCAUAAAACCUGAUGGUUCAGGAUUACAUAGUGUAGUUACAUCUGGAAUAGGGCGCAAUGGGAUACGGGGUAUUGCUGUGGACUGGGCUGCAGGUAACCUGUAUUUCACCAACGCCUUCCUGACUGAGACCUAUGUAGAGGUACUUCGCUUGAACACAACUUUUCGUCGAGUGUUGCUGAAGACUCAAACGGACAUGCCUCGCCACCUUGUUGUUGAUCCCAGAAACAGAUAUCUCUACUGGGCUGAUUAUGGUCAGCACCCCAAAAUUGAGCGUGCUUUAUUGGAUGGAACCAACCGCACAAUUUUAGUGUCUUCUGGGAUCAUUACCCCACGAGGCCUUGCUCUGGAUUGGCAUACUGGUUAUGUCUACUGGGUGGAUGACUCUCUGGACAUGAUUGCCCGCAUUAGCCCCAAUGGAGGGGAGACCGAGAUAGUUAGGUAUGGUAGCCGAUAUCCAACUCCUUAUGGAAUAACGGUGUUUGAGAAUAGCAUCAUUUGGGUGGACAGAAACCUGAAAAAAGUGUUCCAAGCGAGUAAAGAACCAGGCAGCACAGAGCCCCCUGCUGUAAUUAGAGAUAACAUAAACAUGUUAAGGGAUGUCACUAUCUUUGACCAACGAACUCAACCCACCACUGCCCAGGAGCUGAACUACAACCCCUGCAUGGAAAGCAAUGGAGGAUGUGCCCACCUUUGCUUUGCCCUUCCAGCACUUAGCCAAGCCACACAGAACAAAAAGUGCAGCUGUGCUUUUGGUGAUCUUGCCAUGGAUAAACAAAGCUGUGAGAUGUCAAAGGAGGAUUACCUCAUAUACACUACUGAGAGCACGGUGCGCAGCCUGCGACUUGAUCCUGAGGACCAUGCAGUGCCGUUCCCUGUGGUCAAUGUGCCUCGUACCUCCGUGGCUCUUGACUUUGACCUCACAGACAAAAGGAUUUACUUCACUCAGAGCUCAGGUUCAGGAGGAAGCAAGAUCAGCUAUAUCAGCCUGUCCUCUCCCACUUCAGCUCCUGUUGUUGUAGCAGCAGAUCUCGGGGCUCCUGAUGGGAUAGCCUACGACUGGAUUAACAAAAGAAUUUACUACAGUGAUUAUGUCAACCAGAGUAUCAGCUCUAUGUCUGUAGAUGGGGCACAAAGAACAAUAAUUGCCCAUGUAUCGAGGCCAAGGGCCAUCAUGUUGGAUCCUUGUAGAGGAUAUAUGUAUUGGACUGAUUGGGGGAGUCAUGCAAAGAUUGAGCGUGCCACUUUAGGAGGAAACUUCAGAACCGAGAUUGUGAAUAGCAGCCUGGUAUGGCCAAAUGGUCUGACUCUGGACUAUGAAGAGAGUAGGCUCUACUGGGCCGAUGCAAGCUUACAGAAGAUUGAAAGAUCCUCUCUAUCGGGAGCCAACCGUGAGGUCAUUGUCAGCACAGCUAUCUACCCAUUUGCAAUGACUAUGUUUGGUCAGUUCAUCUAUUGGACCGACUGGAACACACGCAGCAUCUAUCGUGCUAACAAGCAUGAUGGCUCUGACCAGAGAGUUAUGAUUCAGAACCUCCCAUCUCGACCAAUGGACAUUCAAGUUUUGGCCCAUAGGAAACAGCAGCAGUGCGACAGUCCGUGUGAACAGUUUAACGGAGGCUGCAGCCACAUCUGCACACCAGGACCCAAUGGAGCUGAGUGCCAGUGCCUGUCAGAAGGUCGAUGGUACCUGGCUGACAGCAAGUAUUGUAUUCAUGAUAACGGGACUCGCUGCCAACCAGGGCAGUUCACCUGUAUGAAUGGCCGCUGUAUCCGAGCGCAGUGGAUUUGUGACAAUGACAAUGACUGUGGAGAUGGUAGUGAUGAGCUGGAGAGAGUGUGUGGAUUUAAACCAAUCUUCAGCUAUGCUGUCCCACAGCUGCUAUCCUCUUUUAUUGCACUGUCAGCCUUCCACACCUGUGAACCUACUGUGUUUACUUGUGGCAAUGGGCGGUGUGUUCCCUACCACUACCGCUGUGACCAUUUCGAUGACUGUGGAGACAACAGUGAUGAAGCUGGCUGUCUGUUUAGACCCUGUGACUCUCGUACAGAGUUUGCCUGCAAUAAUGGCCGUUGUAUCGCAAAGGACUAUGUCUGUAACGGCAUAAACAACUGCUACGACAAUGGGACCACAGAUGAACAAAACUGCCCUGAGAGAACCUGCCAGCCAGAGCAAACAAAGUGUCAGACCACCAACAUCUGUAUCCCGCGGUCAUACCUUUGUGAUGGAGACGACGACUGUGGUGACAUGAGUGAUGAAAGCCCAACACACUGUGCGACAGCCACUUGCUCCCAGAGCGAGUUUCGUUGCUCCAGCGGUCGCUGCAUCCCUGCCCACUGGUACUGUGACGGAGGGGCUGACUGCUCUGACGGCUCUGAUGAACCCCUCUCCUGCACCAUACUGAUCAGAACCUGCAAUGCAGAUCAGUUUCGCUGUGAUGACGGCAGGUGCAUUGCUUUAUCGUGGAUCUGUGAUGGAGACAAUGACUGUGGGGACAUGAGUGAUGAAGAUCAGAGACACAACUGUGCGAAUCGCACAUGUUCAAGCACUGAGUUCACUUGUGUGAAUAAUCAACCACCUCAACGCAAGUGUAUUCCACGGGACUGGGUGUGUGAUGGAGAUGCAGACUGUGCAGAUGCUCUAGAUGAGCAUCAAAACUGCAGCCGCAGAUCCUGUGGCAUCAAUGAGUUCACCUGUAGCAAUGGCCUCUGCAUACGUAGCUCGUACAGGUGUGAUCGCCGCAACGACUGUGGAGACAGUAGUGAUGAGCUGAGUUGCACUUACCAGCCCUGCCAGUCACACCAGUUCACAUGUCAGAACGGUCGCUGUGUGUCCCACGACUUUGUGUGUGAUGGUGAUAAUGAUUGUGGAGAUGAGUCUGAUGAGCUGCAGCAUCUUUGCCAAACGCCUGAGCCCACAUGCCCCCCUGGAGAGUUCGGAUGUGAAAACGGACACUGUAUUCCCCAGAGCAAAGUAUGUGAUCGGAAUGAUGACUGCUCUGACAACAGCGACGAAAAAGGAUGUGGUAUCAACGAGUGUACAGACCCGUCAAUUCACCACUGCGACCACAACUGCACCGAUACACCCACCAGCUUCAUCUGCACCUGCCGCCCAGGCUACCGCCUCAUGUCUGACGGCAAAACAUGCGACGACAUCAAUGAGUGUUCAGAGACACCUAGCGUCUGCAGUCAGGUCUGCGAAAACAUCCUCGGCUCCUACGUGUGCAAAUGUUCUCCGGGAUUUCUCAGAGAGCCUGACGGACACAGCUGCCGCCAGAACAGCAACAUCUCUCCCUACCUUAUCUUCAGCAACCGCUAUUACCUGAGGAACCUGUCAACGGACGGGCAGGCUUACUCUCUUAUUUUGGAGGGUCUGACCAGCGUGGUGGCUCUGGACUUUGACCGCGUUGACAAACACCUCUAUUGGAUUGACGUGAGCCGCAGGGUGAUCGAGAGGAUGCAUUUUAACGGCAGCAAUCGGGAGGUGGUGGUCAAUGGACUUCUGCAUGGAGAGGGACUUGCAGUUGACUGGAUUGGAAGGAAACUGUAUUGGGUGGACAGCUUCUUGGAUUGCCUUAAAGUGUCUGAACUGGAUGGUCGCUUUGUCAAGAAACUGGCUGAACAUUGCGUUGAUGGCAAUAACAGCUACUGCUUUGAAAACCCCAGGGGUAUUGUUCUGCAUCCUAAAUACGGAUAUGUCUACUGGACGGAUUGGGGGGACAAAGCCUUUAUAGGUCGUGUUGGAAUGGAUGGAACCAAUAAAGCAGCAAUCAUCACCACUAAGAUAGAGUGGCCCAAUGGCAUCACAAUCGACUACACCAAUGACAAACUCUAUUGGUCAGAUGCUCAUCUAAACUAUAUUGAAUACUCCGACUUGGAUGGACAGCACAGACACACAGUUUACGAUGGAAUCUUGCCGCAUCCUUUUGCCCUGACUGUAUUUGAAGACACGCUGUACUGGACAGACUGGAACACACGUACAGUGGAGAAAGGCAACAAGUAUAAUGGCUCUGGACGAGAAUCUCUGGUUAACACCACACACAGGCCAUUCGACAUUCAUGUAUGUCAUCCUUACCGGCAGCCGAUUGUAAACAAUCCCUGUUCCGGGAACAAUGGGGGCUGCUCUCACCUGUGCCUAAUCCGUCAUGGGGGGCGAGAACACACCUGUGACUGCCCUGACCAUUUCCUGGCUGUUCAAAUAGGAGGUGUGACCCGAUGCCUGCCCAUGUGCACCAGCACCCAGUACAGAUGUGCAAACAAUGAACGUUGCAUCCCUAUCUGGUGGAAAUGUGACGGUCAGAGGGACUGCAGAGAUGGCUCUGAUGAGCCCUCUACCUGCCCGAUUCGCCACUGCAGCCUUGGCCAAUUUCAAUGCAAUGAUGGAAACUGUACCAGUUCACACUUUCUCUGUAACAGCCACCAGGACUGUCCUGAUGGUUCUGAUGAAGAUGCUGUGCUUUGUGCUACCCAUCAGUGUGAAAGCCAUCAGUGGCAGUGUGCGAAUAAGCGCUGCAUUCCUGAGUCUUGGCAGUGCGAUGGUGAAGAUGACUGCGGUGAUCAGUCCGACGAGGACCCUGUCCACUGCUCCACCAGGACGUGUCGCCCAGGGCAGUUAAAGUGCCGCAACGGCCGCUGCAUCCCACAGAACUGGAAAUGCGAUGUUGAUGAUGAUUGCGGUGACAAUUCAGACGAGCCACUGGAGGAGUGCAUGGGUCCAGCCUAUCGAUGUGAUAACAACACGGAAUUUGACUGCACAACCAACUACCGGUGUGUGCCGCUGUGGUCCGUCUGCAACGGCCACAACGACUGCAGAGACAACAGCGACGAGCAGGGCUGCGAGGAGGUGACCUGUCAUCCUACCGGGGAUUUCCGCUGCGACAAUCACCGCUGCAUCCCACUGAGAUGGCGGUGUGAUGGGGAUGACGACUGCGGUGAUAACUCAGAUGAGCGCAGCUGCACGCCCCGCUCAUGCACCGAGAGUGAGUAUCGCUGUGACAACCUACGAUGCGUUCCCAACCGUUGGGUCUGUGACCAUGACAACGACUGCGAGGACAACUCGGAUGAAAGGGACUGCGAGCUGCGGUCGUGUCUUCCUGGCUACUUCCAGUGUGCGAGUGGACACUGUAUAGCUGAACGUUUCAAAUGUGAUGGCAAUGCCGACUGUCUGGACUACACUGAUGAGACGUCAUGCCCGACCCGCUUUCCCAACGGCACAUACUGCCCACCGUUCCUGUUUGAAUGCAGGAACCACAUCUGUGUCCAGCCCCAAUGGAAAUGCGAUGGAGAUAAUGACUGUGGAGACAACUCUGACGAGGAGCUGCAUCUCUGCUUGGACAUCGAGUGUGAGGCUCCAUUCCGUUUCCGGUGUGAUAACAACCGUUGCAUUUACAGCCCUGAGCUGUGUAACUCUAUUGAUGACUGUGGUGAUGGUUCUGAUGAAAGACCAGAAAACUGUCAAAAACCCACACAUGGACCUUGUGCAGAUGGGGAGUAUAAAUGCAGUAACGGACAGUGCAUCCCCAUACAGUACGCAUGUGAUGAUUAUGACGACUGUGGAGACGAAUCAGAUGAGCUUGGCUGCCAUGCAGGUCAUGAACAUACAUGUAGUGCAAACAUGUGUGAACACAACUGCACCGACCUGACCGAAGGAGGCUUCCUUUGCUCGUGCAGACCCGGUUACCGGCCCAAGGCCACAGAGAAACAUACCUGUGAAGAUGUGAAUGAGUGUGAGGUGUUUGGAACGUGUCCUCAGGAGUGCAAAAACACAAAAGGCAGCUAUGAAUGUUUCUGUGCUGAAGGCUUUCUGUCUUUUGGUGAGCCACAUGGGACUGAAUGCGCUGCUCAAGGAAAUCCUCCGGUGCUACUCUUGCCAGACCAUAUCCGUAUUCGACGUUUUAAUCUGUCCUCUGAGCAGUAUUCGGAUUAUGUGGACAAUGCCGAGCACAUUCAUGCCUUGGACUACCAGUGGGAUCCAGAGGGAGAAGGCCUCAGUGUUGUUUACUGGACAGUUCUCGGUCGGGGUUCUCAGUUCGGCUCCAUCAAGCGCGCCUACAUGACCACGUUCAAUGAUUAUGGGAACAACCCAGUGAAAGAAGUGGACUUGAACCUGCGUUAUCUUGCCAAACCUGAGGGCAUCGCUGUAGACUGGGUUGGCAGACAUAUUUACUGGACAGAUUCAGGAACCAACAGAAUUGAAGUGGCUAAACUGGAUGGGCGAUACAGGAAGUGGCUGAUCUAUACUGACCUUGAUCAGCCGGCAGCUAUCGUUGUCAACCCAUCGUUAGGGAUGAUGUACUGGACUGACUGGGGGAAGAAUCCCAAAAUUGAGGCAGCAUGGAUGGACGGGCAACACAGAGAGGUCCUGGUGAAGGAGGAAGACCUAGGAUGGCCUACUGGGCUGGCACUGGACUAUAUUAAUGGACACAGAAUCUACUGGUGUGACUCCAAAGAAAAUAUCAUUGAGUCCAUGAAGCCUGAUGGCACAGACAGGAAGAUUGUCAUAUCAGGAGAUAUUGGAAAUCCCUACAGUCUGGAUGUCUUUGAAGGACACGUGUACUGGACAACUAAAGAGAAAGGAGAGGUGUGGAAGACAAACAAAUUUGGGCAAGGAAAUAAAGUUAAAGUCCUCACAAUCAACCCCUGGUUGACACAAGUCCGUAUUUACCAGGAGCAUCGGCACAAUCAAUCAGUGUCCAACCCAUGUAAGAAUGUCUGCAGUCACCUCUGCCUCCUCCGGCCUGGAGGGUACACCUGCGCCUGCCCACAAGGUUCCCCUCCACUAAAUGCUGAAUCAACAGAAUGUGAUGCAGCCAUUGAGGCUCCUGUUGCCAUGCCUCUUGCAUGCAGAUGCAUGAAUGGUGGAACCUGCUACACCGAUGAAGGGGGUCUGCCAAAGUGCAAAUGUCCAUAUGGCUACACUGGUAGCUACUGUGAGAUGGGGAAGUCUAGAGGUGCUCCAGCUGGUACAGCGGUGGCUGUUCUGUUGGCCGUCAUUAUUAUCCUGAUUACCGGAGCUUUAGCUGCCGGAGUUUUCCUCAACUACAGACGAACAGGAUCUUUUAUCCCCUCUAUGCCCAAACUACCCAGCCUCAGCAGCCUUGUGAAGUCAGCCGACAACGGGAACGGGGUGACGUUUCGGUCUGGUGAUGAUGUGGACCUCGGACCGUCUAACAUUGGAGUAUCUGUGAUCGACACAGCCUUGCAGAUGGAUGAUAAUUUUGCCAUCACUGCUGGGCGUCACCCAAUCACAUUUGAGAAUCCCCUGUAUGCCACUGCGCCUGUUGCCGGUGAUCCUGCUGUCAUUCAUGCUACACAGGUGACGGUUAAUAUGAGCGGUGAACAGCUGAACAAUUUCGUGAACCCGGUGUACCACGCAGAUCAGAGCGCAGGUCUUGUUAACACAUCCGUCAGUAACCUUCCUACUCAGGAGUCAAAGUGGAGCUUUUUUAAACGAAAAUUGAAACCAAGCACAACAUUUGAAAACCCUUCAUAUUCAGAGAUGAAGGAUGAGAAGCCUGAAGGAAACAGCGAGGACUCUUCUGCCCCAGAGCCGUCUCCAUUUGCCCCCCCUGCAAAACCUUCAAAGAAAGAACGACCUAGCGCCUUCUCGCCAACCGAGGACAGUUUCAAAGACACAGCCAACCUUGUUAAAGAGGACAGCGACGUAUAACCACUCCCUCUGACGGAGAGGAAUAAAAAAAACACACUUUGCACAGAAUUUAUUUUUAUAUGCAGCCUGUGUACAAACUCAGAUUGUGUUGGGACAGAGAGACAUGCUAGAGCGAAGAGAAUAUCUUCUGUCACUAUGCCUUCUGACAUUUCUUAUGCCAAUUUUCUCGUUAAUAUUGUUUUUCUUAUCAUGAUGUACAAUAUGUAUAUCUUUGCACUGAAGCUGUUGAUAGUAAUGUUACAUAUGCUGUACAUUUGUAAAUUUUCAACAGUGAGAUUUUGACAGAAAUAGAUCCUUAGUCCUUCAACCUAAACUUACUAUAACCAGUAUAAAAUGUGAGCCGUAUUGUGACUGCACGGUACUUAUAUGAUCAAAGAUUGCCAGAGAAUGAUGCUGGAAAAGCUGAUGAUGUAUUCCACGUUGCAUAUACCUCGAUUCAGGGUUGACAAAUGAAACUGGAUUUUAACACACCCUGUAUUUUCAGUGACACACUCCACUAGAAGCUGAAAGAACGGAUUCUACUUGAUCACACCUUUUUUUUUGUUUUAUUUAAUCAACGUGGUAGUUUGGAAUGGCUAAAAGGAUUUGGAAACUACUAAAAAGCGUGCAUCUGUUGCAUGUCAAUGCAGUUUAAAGACUUGUAAAGUUAUGAUUUACACUUUUUUUUUCACAAAGUGAGCAAAUACUUUGCUGGUUGAUUGAUCUUGUACUGCAAUGAGAACAAACACCUGUGACUGUGCAGAACAUGCCCGUGGGAAUUUAAUUUUUGCUGCUGACACAUGAAUGAAUAAAUUACCUAUUUUGUAAAA